UGACUUGCGGCACUUGGCUGACUUGGCUGGAAGCUGGUCGUGGCUCUUGGCAAGCUUGCGAGGUAAAUGGAUAGGGUCAUCAACUUCGAGCUCGGCUGCUGCUGCUCGCGUUGCUUCGAGGAUGUUUCUGAAUCGGUUUUGCCGGUGCGCGAGAUUACCACUGCGAAUUACAGCCGUCAGCCGUAGAAGUUACCAUCUCGAUGAAGUCAGGACGAUCGGAAGUGUGCCGAACAAAAAUUCUCCCGAGUUUCAGGAGAAUUACCAACGGAUGAAGGCGCUGGUUGACAAAUUGAAGGACACCGUGGAAGAAAUCUCGAAAGGUGGAGGUGAAAAGGCCGUACAGAGGCAUGUCUCCAAGGGAAAGCUCUUGGUCAGAGACAGAAUAAACACACUAGUCGAUCCAGGGAGCCCCUUCCUAGAGUUGUCCCAGUUAGCAGCUUUCAAAGUUUAUGGGAAAGAUGAUGUGCCGGCUGCUGGCAUGGUCACAGGAAUCGGGAGGAUCUGUGGGACGGAGUGUAUCAUUGUGGGCAAUGACGCCACCGUCAAAGGAGGCACCUACUACCCCCUCACGGUGAGGAAGCAUCUGAGGGCACAGGAGAUUGCGAGGGAGAACAACCUCCCUUGCGUGUAUUUGGUGGAUUCCGGCGGGGCAUUCCUGCCGAGACAGGCCGAGGUCUUCCCUGACCAGAUGCAUUUUGGCCGCAUCUUCUACAACCAGGCCACCAUGUCGGCCGCUGGCAUUCCUCAGAUUGCAGUUGUGCUGGGAAGUUGCACUGCAGGAGGUGCUUAUGUGCCCGCAAUGUCUGACGAAGCCAUUAUCGUGCGAAAACAGGGGACAAUUUUUCUCGGCGGCCCUCCACUGGUAAAAGCUGCCACUGGUGAAGAAAUAAGUGCCGAAGAUCUUGGUGGGGCUGAUCUGCAUUGUCGACGCUCAGGCGUGGCAGACCACUAUGCCAAGGAUGACGUCCAUGCAUUGCACUUGACCAGGAGGAUCAUCAGCAAUCUGAACAGGAGGAAGCCAGUUCAGGUGACCACUACCAAGGUGGAGGAACCAGUGCUAGACUUGGACGACCUGUACGGAAUCGUAGGCGACAACCUGAAGAAGACCUAUGACGUUCAUGAGGUUAUUGCCAGGGUGGUUGAUGGCAGCAGAUUCGAUGAGUUCAAAGCCCUGUAUGGCGAAACACUCGUCACUGGGUUUGCCAGGCUAUAUGGUUUUCCAGUUGGUAUCAUUGGGAACAAUGGAGUCUUAUUUUCCGAAUCAGCUCAGAAGGGUGCCCAUUUCAUUGAACUCUGUUGUCAGAGAAACAUUCCACUUAUAUUCCUUCAGAACAUCACUGGUUUCAUGGUGGGCCGGGAUGCCGAAGCAGGCGGCAUCGCCAAGCAUGGUGCCAAGUUGGUGAUGGCCGUGGCCUGUGCCAAAGUUCCCAAGUUCACUGUGCUGAUUGGGGGCUCCUACGGUGCUGGAAACUACGGGAUGUGUGGCCGUGCUUAUUCGCCCCGGUUCCUGUUUAUGUGGCCCAAUUCCCGGAUCUCGGUCAUGGGCGGAGAGCAGGCAGCCAAUGUCCUGGCCACCAUUGCCAAGGACCAGAGGGAAAGGGAGAAAAAGCCAUGGACCGAAGCUGACGAGAAGGCUAUAAAGGACCCAAUCAUCGAGAAGUAUGAAAACGAAGGGAGCCCCUACUAUUCCAGUGCAAGGAUCUGGGACGACGGCGUGAUCGACCCAGUGGACACGCGCAAAGUACUGGGCCUCAGCCUAAGUGCGGCUCUCAAUGCGGAGAUUGACCAGACCCACUUCGGGGUGUUCAGGAUGUAGCUACAGUUCUUGUAUCUAGCAGGGAUGUCAGAGGGGGGUGUACAUAGCAUGCACAAAUGCAACUCAUGGUGGGUAAAGAGAAGGUGAUGGUGCCAUCCUGUGUCCUCACACCUAGAGUUGACUGUCUUUUAUAAGUACAACCCGGGAGAUCAAACCAGUGCAGUGUUCACAAAACACAAUAAAAAAAAAAAACUGGCAUGACUUGUUAGAA